GUACUACUUAUUUAAGUGUUAGAAUUGGCGUGCCCUCAUUUUUCGGUUUGUUUGUCAGAUCCCAAGUGUGUCUUAAAAAUCUUUGUUAAGUUAGCUUGGUUUAAUCUGGUACUAAAUUUUUUAUUUUAGUUAAUAUUUUGUCUGAGUUUUAAUGAUUAAGUUGUGGCUGAUGUGUUGAAGAAGAAUCUAAGCUCUUACUAUAUGAAUAAAUAUACAUUAUGAAGAGUAUAAGGCAAUGGGAAGUGGCAGUUUCACAUGGAAAUGUAAGGAGAGCCAGCGUUGGAGAGCUGAAGAGGACGCUCUGUUAAGUGCAUAUGUUAAUCAAUAUGGUCCAAGGGAAUGGAACCUUGUCUCUCAGCGCAUGAGCACGCCCCUUAACAGAGAUGCGAGAUCCUGCUUAGAAAGGUGGGAAAAUUACCUCAAGCCCGGAAUAAAGAAAGGAUCCCUUACGAAAGAAGAACAGCGUCUUGUUAUCCGACUUCAGGCCAAACACGGCAACAAAUGGAAGAUAAUUGCUGCUGAAGUUCCAGGCCGCACUGCUAAGAGACUUGGUAAGUGGUGGGAAGUGUUCAAGGAGAAGCAGCAGAGGGAGCACAAGGAAAACAACAAGAUUGUAGAACCAAUAGACGAGGGCAAUUACGAUAGGAUUCUCGAGACUUUUGCAGAAAAGUUAGUGAAAGAGCGACCUACUCCAACAUAUUCGAUGGCCACUUCCAAUGGGGGAUUUCUUCAUCCCGAGCCACCUGCGCCUGCGUCUGCACCUGCAGCAAGUUUGCUUCCCGCAUGGCUUUCUACUUCAAAUAGCAUCUCCACAGUCAGACCACCGUCGCCAUCCGUAACUCUAAGCCUCUCACCUUCAGCAGUUGCAGCACCCCCACCCCCUUCAAUCCCUUGGUUGCAGGCCGAGAGAGGAUCGGAUAACACUCCUCUUGUUUUGGGAAAUUUGCCACCUCAUGGUUCUGUCUCGCCUUGCGUUGAGAACAUGGUAAUAUCUGAGCUGGUGGAUUGCUGCAGAGAGUUAGAAGAAGGGCAUCGCGCUUGGACUGCACAUAAGAAGGAAGCGGCCUGGAGACUAAGAAGAGUAGAAUUGCAGUUGGAUUCAGAGAAGUCGUGCCGUAAGAAGGAGAAAAUGGAGGAGAUAGAGUUGAAGAUGAAGGCUCUUAGGGAAGAACAGAAGGCUAUUCUUGAUAGGAUCGAAGGAGAAUACAGAGAACAAUUAUCUGAAUUGAGAAGAGAUGCAGAAACCAAGGAGCAGAAACUUGCUGAGCAAAGGCAAGCCAAGCAUUUACGUGUUUCCAAGUUUCUCGAGCAGGUUGCAUGCAGGCCUAAUGGCCGGUAAGAAGAUUCGUGCUUUCUGUAUGAACUUGGCUUGCUGGUUUCAUAAAUGGUGCAGCAUUUAGGUGAAUUUCAUUUAUGAAUGUCUACUUAUUUAACAUCUGCUUAUGGAUCGGACUUCUUGAAUGUAAGGUAUGAUUAACAUUAUGUAUUUGGAUUCUCUUGUGAAAAAUGUCAUAAAUAUGACUUCUCA